CACAGAGAGAUGCGGAGAAUGCUGAGAGAAUGUUUCUUUAAGACCCAUUACCUUCCAAUCCGACAGAGGGGGAUGCUAUGGUAAGGUGGUGUAGCGUUGCUCCCCGCUCCCUUAUGCCGUUUGUGGAAAGGAGAGAGACGGGGGGAACCAUAUAUCCGGGUUUUUGAAAGAGGCAAAAUCAGCGGAGAUGGAUCCGAAGAAUAUUUAACGUCAGAUGUGAACAAUAUGGAUGUCGCGUGAUGAAUGUGGUAUCGCUCCCGGUGCUGUGAAGACCCAAUCAGUGGACCGAGUCGGAAGGUGGGCCUUCCUCCCCUGCGGCCCCUCCCCUUCCUCACCCUCAGCCAAUCCUAGACUCAAACCACAGCCCAGUUUCCCAUAGAUACUUCCUUACUGCUUUGGUCAUUUAAGAUCACAUAGUUCCAUAAUGGUAAACAACACCCAGAUUGUUGCACAGUAAGAAAAAGCAGUGAGAGAGAAAAAUCCACUAGGCCUAUUUGUUGGUGUUGUUUUGGAGAAAAUAAGUAAGGCAAUAGACAAAAUUAGAGGGAAGAGGAAGCAUUGAACAUGACUGAUUGAAAGCUAUUUUUGACAAAGAAAUAAAGCAACGAUUUCUCUUUUUUACACUCUGUCAUUUCAGUGAUGAGAUUAACAGGCUCAAACAGAAGCUCGCAUGCAAGUGAGGUAACAGAUUGACAUUCUGUCCACGAAUCACACGUACACGCACUUUGACCUACGGAACCCCUGCACACAGGGCUUUUGCGUAAACAAGCACUCCUAACAUAGACGUUUUCUCCCGGAGCCCACCACACUCUCUCCAGUCUCAUGAUGAUGUGUGAGGUGAUGCCCACCAUUUCGGAGGACGGGCGCGGAGGAGGCCCCUCCUCUCCUGGGGUUGGGGCUGGGAUUGGAGGCCCUGGUGGGGCCAUGGGGGGAGGGGGCUACGGUGGCCGAGGAGAAUCCAGGGGCGGGGGCGACGAGGGGGGCAGCACAGGGAACCUGGAAUCCCUGAUGGUCAACAUGCUGACCGAGAGGGAGAGGCUGUUGGAGAGCCUGAGGGAGACCCAGGACAGCCUUGGGACGGCCCAGCUACGCCUCAGAGAGCUGGGCCACGAGAAGGACUCCCUCUCGAGACAGCUGUCCAUCGCCCUGCCACAGGAGUUUGCUGUGCUGACUAAGGAGCUGAAUGUUUGCCGAGAGCAGCUACUGGAGAGGGAAGAGGAGAUUGCUGAGCUCAAGGCGGAGAGAAACAACACACGUUUGUUACUAGAGCACCUGGAGUGUCUUGUGUCUCGUCACGAGCGCAGUCUGAGGAUGACGGUGGUGAAGAGGCAGGCCCAGUCCCCGGCGGGGGUCUCCAGUGAAGUGGAGGUCCUCAAGGCCCUCAAGUCCCUGUUUGAGCACCACAAGGCUUUGGAUGAGAAGGUUCGAGAGCGACUCCGUGUGGCCCUUGAGAGAGUGACCCUUUUGGAGGAUCAACUACAAGCAUCCGCUCAAGAGGUGAUCUCUUUAAGAGACCAAAUUAAAAGACGACAACAAGGGUUGGACGGCGGGAAAGAUCGCCUACCCAAUGGACCCUCCUCUGGAUUGGACGAUGGUGAGAUCGACAGACAGAGAGAAACAGAGAUAGAGCGGCAGAGAGCUGAGCUCUCCCAGCUGAAGGAAAGAUUGGCCCUUAUGUGUCGACAGGUUGGGGAAAUAGAGGAACAGCUUGCAGCCGCCAGGAGGGAAGUGACGAAGUCGGAGGAGGCCAAUCAGAAGCUCCAGAGGGAUGUGAAGGAGGCUCUGUGCCAAAGGGAGGAUAUGGAGGAGAGGAUCACUACGUUAGAGCGCAGGUACCUCAGUGCUCAGAGGGAAGCAACCUCUCUACAUGACAUCAAAGACAAGCUGGAGAAUGAGCUGGCCAGCAAGGAGUCACUGCACAGACAGAGUGAGGAGAAGAACAGGCAGCUCCAGGAGCGUCUGGAUGAUGCCAAGCAGAAGCUCCAGCAGACCCUGCAGAGGGCCGAGACACUGCCCGAGAUCGAGGCCCAGCUCGCCCAGAGAGUGGCUGCCCUCAACAAGGCAGAGGAGCGCCAUGGGAACUUUGAGGAGCGACUACGACAGAUGGAGGCACAACUUGAAGAGAAAAAUCAGGCAUUGCAGAGGGCAAGGCAGAGAGAGAAAAUGAAUGACGAACACAACAAACGCCUCUCGGAUACGGUGGACAAGCUACUGUCUGAGUCCAACGAGAGACUGCAGCUUCACCUCAAAGAGAGAAUGGCUGCCCUCGAGGAGAAGAAUUCCCUGUCAGAGGAGCUAGCAAACAUGAAGAAAAUCCAAGAUGAUCUGCUAGCAAACAAGGACCAACUCAUAGCUGAGCUGGAGAGGAUUCAGCUGGAGCUGGAUCAACUGAGGGGCAGGCCUGGCUCUUCCUAUUCCAGGUUAGCCACAAUGGAGCUUCAAGGGACGAGCAACGUGAGCUCACUUCCCUCCACCCUUUUUCGAAGAUCUCUUCCAGGGAGUGCCUCAGAGCUCCGUUACCCCCAGGGUGGUGGCUCCCUCCCAGCCGGCUACGGCAGCUCCUCCAGUGGCGUGGUGGUCCGGAGGGCACACCGCGGCCGAUGGGCUCCCCCCAGGGAUGACAGCAACAAGUAUGGAGAGUGGGACAGUGGCAACAUGCUGGGUCCCGGGUUCGAGGGGGGAGUCGAGGGGGGCUGCUCAGACGACGAGGACGACAGGGAGACCCUGUUUGGCUCGGAGCUGCUCUCGCCCAGUGGGCAGACGGACGUGCAGACCCUCGCCAUCAUGCUGCAGGAGCAACUGGAGGCCAUCAACAAGGAGAUCAAGCUGAUCCAGGAAGAGAAGGAGAGCACUGAGCUGAGGGCGGAGGAGAUCGAGAGCCGGGUGAGCAGCGUAGCCCUGGACUCCUCUCCUCUCCCCCCCUCCUCACUGGGUGGGGGCAGGGACAGCGUGGGGAGGGGCUACAUGACCCCCUCCCUCACCUCCUCCACCCUGGCCUCCCCUUCACCCCCCAGCUCUGGACAUUCCACCCCCCGACUGCCACAUUCCCCUGCCAGAGAAUCAGACAGACAGAACAGCAAAGAGGGCGACGACUGCCGAGCGCUAGCCUUGAUUGACUCCACCCCUCCUCCGGUUCCUCGUGCUCUGCGAUUGGAUAGAAUGACUCACACACACCCAGGGGCUGGGCUGGAUGAUCACCGCGAAUUCCGCAGUCAGGACUCUCUCCACAAAGCCAGCAAGAAGAAGAGCAUCAAGUCCUCCAUUGGACGCCUGUUUGGGAAGAAGGAGAAGGGGAGGAUCGGAGGACCUGGGAGUCAGUCUGCCUCUCUGGCCUCCACACCUUCUGAUGACCUGGGCUCAGCUGACCCCCUGGGACUGGCCAAGAUGGGAACUGGCACCGUGGAGAAAGAUCGCCGCAGCAAGAAGAAGCACGACCUGCUAGAAGAAGCUUGUCGCCAGGGUCUUCCCUUCGCUUCAUGGGAUGGCCCCACGGUGGUUACAUGGCUUGAGUUGUGGGUGGGCAUGCCCGCCUGGUAUGUGGCAGCAUGUCGUGCCAAUGUGAAGAGUGGUGCCAUCAUGGCCAACCUGUCGGACACAGAGAUCCAGCGGGAGAUUGGCAUCAGUAACCCCCUGCACCGUCUCAAACUGCGCCUGGCCAUCCAGGAGAUGGUGUCCCUCACCAGCCCCUCGGCACCGGCCAGCACACGCUCCUCGACCAGUGAUAUAUGGAUGACUCAUGCCGAAAUGGAGUCACUGACCGCUGCCAUAAAACCAGAAGUGAAGGAGUUCAGCUGGGACCAGAUCCUUGCCUAUGGGGACAUGAACCAUGAGUGGGUAGGGAACGAGUGGCUUCCCAGCCUGGGUCUGCCCCAGUACCGCUCCUACUUCAUGGAGUCCCUGGUGGACGCUCGCAUGCUGGACCACCUCACCAAGAAGGAGCUUAGGGGACAGCUCAAAAUGGUGGACAGCUUCCACAGGGUAAGUCUGCAUUAUGGCAUCAUGUGCUUGAAGCGUUUGAACUACGACAGGAAGGAGCUUGAAAGAAGGAGGGAUGAGAGCCAACAUCAGAACCAAGAUGUGAUGGUAUGGUCCAAUGAGCGAGUAAUGUGUUGGGUCCAGGCCAUUGGGCUAAAGGAGUUUGCAGAUAACCUCACAGAGAGUGGGGUACAUGGGGCCCUCCUAGCCCUGGACGACACGUUCGACUACACUGACCUUGCCCUGCUCCUCCAGAUACCCAAUCAGAACACACAGGCGAGGCAGAUGCUGGAGAAGGAGUACAAUGCCCUCAUCUCCAUGGGAACUGAGAGAAGACCAGAUGAGGACGGCACUAAGACGUUCACACGCUCGCCCUCGUGGAGGAAGAUGUUCAGAGAGAAGGACCUCCGGGGCGUGACCUCUGACUCCUCAGAAACAUUACCCGCCAACUUCCGUGCCUCCGCCAUCUCCACGCCCUCCGUCACCCUGAGGAAAGUCCAGAGUGAAGUGAACUCUGGGCCCAGGGGUGAGUCGGGGUCAGUGAGAACAUAUUCCUGCUAGAGAUAAGCACAUCAGAGAGUCCCCCCCCCAAAAAAAACGUUUUUGAAGAAAAAAAAGAUGAAGAUCAUCAACAAAAUGGAGAAUAGAACACAAGCAAAAAAGAAUUCCAUUGGAAUCCUUGAAGAAACAAGGACAAUGUGAGAGAAUGAAAAGAUACUAAAAUAGAGUGAAUGUCUGUCUGUCCGUUUCUCUCUCUCUCUCUCUCUCUCUCUCUCUCUCUCUCUCUCUCUCUCUCUCUGUCUCGCUCUCUCUCUCUCUCUCUCGCUCUCGCUCUCUCUCUCUCUCGCUCUCUCGCUCUCUCGCUCUCUUUCUCUCUCGCUCUCUCGCUCUCUCUCUCUCUCUCUCUCUCUCUCUCUCUCUCUCUCUCUCUCUCUCUCUCUCUCUCCAUCUUAGUCCACAGUUGUGGCAUGAAGCUGUUCGAUGCUGUAAAAAAUGACUCCAUCGCCCAUUGUGAAGUUCUUCUUCCGUGUGUGAAAUGGGAAAAUUGACACAAUGACUCUUAUUUUUUUCAUUGGGAUGUAAAACUGCAUUUCCAUUUGGAUCAACAGAAUGAUGACCCUGAUAGACAUUUCUUUGAUUUGAACUGUCGAUAGAACAUGCAUACCCUAUCUCAGUAACUGGUAUUAGGAUUUUGUUUCUCAACCUUUUUGUACCAUGGACAGGCAAGCUAAGGUAUUUCCUUUAAUAAGGACCCACAAGCUAUGGUCCUUCUCUCUUGGGGAAGCACUUACAUUAAAACUAGCAUUUGAGUACUCACUAGGGUCAGGUACAGCUGAACAUCUGAGGGAUCGGUGAGCAUCACCCUAGGGACUGCUGUCGGUCCAGGGACCAGAGGUUGAGAAACAAUGUACUGUAUGAGGACAGUCAUAAGGGUUAUAAAGUGUUAUGAAGGGAGAGUAUCUGAGGGAAUGAGGGAAUGGAUUUGUAUGUUCUUAAGCCAUAACAGACACCAUGAGAUGAGAAGGACCAUGGAUAAUUGGUGAAGUGCAUUAUGACAAAAUCCUGUUAAAAAAAAAUAAAAAGAAUUGAACGUUUGUGUUAAUAUGCAUGCCAAAACAAAAACAUAGAGUGAGAGUAAUGAUAUCAAUCAUCUAAUGACGUGAAAACUUGGGUAAGGAAUUUGUAAAAUGGGUGUAUUUUAUUUUUUAUCAUUUUUUUAUGAUAACCUCUAUUGUAUGUAGGUAGGUAAGUGUGUGUGUGUGUGUGUGUGUGUGUGUGUGUGUGUGUGUGUGUGUGUGUGUGUGUGUGUGUGUGUACAGUAUGUAUGUAUUGAACGGUAUUUUAAUUUCAUACUUAGUUAAGAUUGACUGUAAUUUCAUUUUAGGUUGAAAAGUAAAUACGUUUCAAAUUAUGGACAUUAAGAUAUACUACUUGUAUGUGUACAUUUUGAAAACAAAUUGUGUUAUGAUUUAAACUAAUAUCAAUAAUGAAGAGUAGUGAGGAUAAUUAAAUAUAAUAUGAUAACAAUAAUGAUAAUGAUUGUAAAAGCUGUAAUUAAAAAAGACCUGUAAAAUGGA